AUGCCCGCCGCAUUGCUGAUCGGUGCCAUCACCCAUUCCAUGCCCGAAUGGAAUGAUCUCUCCUCCAUCCUGACCUUGAAGGAAUUCCCCUCCGGAACUCGCGAAGACUUUAUUCGCAAUUGCCGCGACGGCCAGUACGAUGAUGUAGUCGCCAUCUAUCGCUCUAACACUUCUACCAAGUUCACCGGCCCAUUCGACGCAGAAUUACUCUCCGUCCUGCCCUCCUCACUCAAGUACAUCGCCCACAAUGGCGCAGGUUACGAUAACAUCGACGUCGCGGCCUGCACGAAGAAAGGCAUCGCCGUCUCCAGCACUCCCGUCGCAGUUAACAACGCCACCGCCGACGUGGCCAUCUUCCUAAUGAUUGGCGCUCUGCGACAGGCAUACAUUCCCGUCACAUCUCUCCGCGAAGGAAAAUUCCUCGGCCAAACAGGCCUCGGACACGAUCCCCAGAACAAGGUGCUUGGAAUCCUCGGCAUGGGAGGAAUCGGCCGUGAGGUCGCUCGUCGUGCGCGCGCCUUCGGAAUGACCAUCCAGUACCACAACCGGUCGCGUCUCUCCCCGGAACUCGAGGACGGAGCGACCUACGUCUCAUUUGAUGAGCUGCUCGCCAAUUCUGAUGUUUUGAGUCUGAAUCUGGCGCUGAAUGCGUCUACUCGUCAUAUUAUUGGCAAGACGGAGUUCCAGAAGAUGAAGGAUGGUGUGAUUAUUGUUAAUACGGCGCGGGGUGCCUUGAUUGAUGAGAAGGCCUUGGUUGAGGCGCUGGAGUCGGGCAAGGUAUGGUCUGCUGGGCUGGAUGUCUAUGAGAAUGAACCCGCCAUUGAGCCGGGAUUGGUAAACAACCCUCGGGUCAUGCUGCUGCCGCACAUCGGGACAAUGACUUAUGAGACGCAACGGGAGAUGGAGCUACUGGUGUUGAACAACUUGCGCUCUGGCGUGGAGACGGGGAAGAUGAUUACUUUGGUGCCGGAGCAGAAAGAUGUGUUUGGAAAAUAG